GUAGUCUAAAAUGCUAUGACCAAACUGGAAAAUCCGACCUGUGAAAGAAGGCUAGAUCGUUUCAAAAGAAUAAUUAAGGAUGAAACUAAUCCAACAACUUUAGUUGUUAACAGCCCAGUAUUCUUAAUAUUCUUCGCUGCUUACAAUAAGAUGAAGCUUCCUUUAUUGAUUUUUGCAAACAUCGCAGUAUGUUGUGCAAUUCCUGCUACCAAUAUUAGUUUACAAACAUCCAUCUUUAAAGCAUUGUUUCUGAAGUUAGUCAAGGAGAAAUGUUAUCCAAACGCUACAGACGCAGGAUUUCAACAAUUUAUAAAUCUGUCGGAUAAUGCGACAGAAUGUUUGAAAGUAAAGGCAGAGCAAGCACCAAUUUUAAUUACUCCUCUCCAGGAAUUCAAAGAUAAUGUGCAAGUUUGUGUGGAAGAGCUCGUCACGCAACUGGAAGAGUGUCUUCCAGAAGAGUUGAAAGACUGGCCACAUGCGAAUAUAGAAAUAGUUUACAGCGUGACUGAUUUCUUUUACGAAAACAAGGACCAACUUCUUUCUACCAAAUUUCGCAAAUUUACGGAACAUUGCAUGGAAAACUUGGAUAAUACAGAGACUAGAGUGGAAAUUGCCAAAUGUUUAACAAGUGAUCCAUUAGAGACUACAGACACGAAGACUCUUUGCCGCGGACUGGAUUUAAUGGAAAAAUGUUGUUUGGAGCAACUGGGGAAAAGAUGUCCCGCUGAUGCAAGCAUUAAAAAACUGGAAAUUAAGUUUUUUGCAGCAAUGAAAGAAACAUGUGCUGAAUAUACAACCACUGAAAGUACCACUGAUAAUCUCUUGACGUUGUACCCUCGUUUAACCCCACCUAACAUAAACCCUGAACUGAUGUAACCCAUUUUUUAACUCUUAGAAAAUAAUUCUUUUAAAAGUAGAUAUAUUCACAGCCUAUAACCACUGUAAUCACAAAAUAAUAAAAAACAUAUCCCAGAAUA